CAGGCCGGGUGGCUAGGAUCAUCAGGCCGGGUAGGGUCAUCAGGCUGGAUCGGGUCAUCAGGCUGGGUAGCGUAUACUGGGUCAAUCAGGCUGGAUAACAGAAGGCGGGAUCUCAGACAGCAAGCUGACCGGUUUGGAUACUGGCAGGAUGGUACUGGUUGGAAAGAAUUUUCGCUUCUUGGUUUUAGUUACUGGAGCACUGUAAGUAAACGCAGGACUGUAAACGGAGGGAGCAGCUUCUUUUUUACAGGGUUAAAGGCAGGAUAGGUUGCAGCGAGUGGGAACAGGGGACUGACAUGUGGUAGAUAGCAGGGUAUACUGGGCUGUAACUGGGGGUGCUGUGGGAA